AGUAUCCAGGUUUUCCCCCCAGACAUAUAUAUGGAAGCUGCACGGGAUACUUUGAUUUGACUUAAAUCUUUUGUUUCAACUUUUCUUUAUUUCCUUUCCUCGUUCCUUCGGUUAUCACACACAGAUAACGAUUUUAGGGCGAGUUUACUUUUUCUUUGUUCUCUUCAAUCGAUAUGGACACUGUUAUGGAGGGUAUAACCAAAGAGAAUAAAGAAAAGUCCCGUGAUUUUUUUUUUCCACUGCUGUAAGGAACUCUACCACCACAAUACAUCCGCCUGAUGACUCCGUCUCGCGUGCUGAUGCGAAAGCAGGGAUUUCAGCGCGAGGCAGUUCGCGAGCUCUGUUCCCUGAUCCGGAGCUCGAGCACGGGCCCGCAAGACGCUCCGAACUAAAGCACGAGCUCCGGAUCAGAGAAAAGAAUGAGCGGAGGAGGGCGCCUCCGGGAUUAGUCUUGGAUUGCUUCCCUUGGAAUGGGAAGACUACAUUUCCUCAAGAGAGCAUCAACAAACCCAAGUUUUCCCCAUUCGAAAGCGCUAUCUAGGAAUGAAGAAACCACCGGUCGCCCCCAAACCCAAGCUGGUUCAGUCGCAGAAACCAUCGCCUCCCCCCAUCGCCCCAAAACCAGAGAUCCUGCUGCCUUCACCCUCACCCACUGCGCACAAGAGAGGAAAACCUGCUGUCGCUCCCAAACCAUGCCUGCCCAAAGCCCCUCAGAAACCUCUCCAGCCAAGACAAGAUCCCUGCAAGACCCAGCAUUCCCCUGUCUCCAAAAAUGGGGGUCCUGCUCUACUACCCUCACACCUGUCACAUUACAUUAUACCACCCUGUACUCAAGGUCAUCAUCUAGGUAACAGCAAAUCAGAGGAUUCUAAGGAAAUAUGUGGAACAGCAGAGGUAGGUGUUUUCAAAGAGGGCGAGAGCCCAAAAGAACAGUUGUUUUACAAUGACACACGGGAACAAUCUUCCCAAUCUGAACGGGAACAAUUGCAUGCUCCCACAGACUCAUUCCACACUUCCACAGAGGCACAGGAAGAAACUAACUCUUCUACAGUAGAAAAGGACCAGACAAGUACACAAACACAAAUUAUCCAGAUCCCAAGACACAGUCCUACAGAACUCCUACAGGAACAAUCAGAACCACAGGAGAAACAAACUAGGAACUCCAUUUUUGGCUCUUGCAUCAGUGACAAUGUUAGUUACCCUGCACCUCCCAGCAAGCCACUCCCUGUACCCCAUCCACGACGCCCUCGGAGGGCACUUCUUAGGCAGAAUGUUGUGGAAAUUGCACCUUCAGACACUCAAGCAGAUACUCCUACAGAGACUUCUGAACACAUUCAGACAGACAAAUUACUAGAAAAUCCCGAAAACACUUCAACAAGUCAGGCCUACACUGCCACACCUCUAAAUUUAUGUUCCCCUAAAGAGAACACGAAUAACACAGACACUGGCUCCUCAACCAACACUGAUUCUUUGCACAAAGUAGACUCUUUUCACAGCGCACAUACUGAAGACAUCCUUCCUGAUCUAGAAUCCACUCAUUAUUCGGUUCCAACAAAUGGUGUAACUCUAGCUUCCAUGAACACAGCUGCGGAGGAGGGGUCGCAACCUCCAGCUCCGCCACCUCGACAGAAAUCCCUCCCACAAAUGGUUGAUUCCUUGUGCAAGGCCUCAACAUCAGUGGACAACUUGGUUUUGCGUUGCCAGUCAGAUCUUCAAGAUUCCUUGGUUAGGAGUAAAGAUGAGGAGGUCCAAAGCGAUGAUGAAGAUGAUGGAGCAUAUGGAGAUUUUGCUCGAUACCCAAUAACUCGGAGUCUUCCUAAACAGAUUAAGCUCAGCUGUGGCUCACAAGUUGCAGCUAUAAGCAAGCCAUCUUUGGAUGGGGAGGAAAAGUCACCGAAAGUCAUGCCUAAAAAGCCCCAACGAAACAGUCUUCCCGCAUCUGUUGUGUUGAGGAAGCAAAAUGCAUCUCCACUAACGCACACCCCCCCUCCGCUUCCUAACUCCAGUCCUCCCGUAUUCAGAGAACUCCCGGCACCUCCUCAGGAGAAACCUUCAUGGCGAGUUGCCCUGCCUAGCAUCCCUCUCUUCAGUAAAAACCAGCCGACUCGCAGUAACAGCCAACCGCAGGCUGGAGGUGUGGGAGCUGUUUUCGUCAAACAGAGGGCAAAGUCGUUUUCCUCUGCGGAUCUUCAGCGAGUGGAUACUGGAUCUGAAUCCUCCGAGCCGUUGGUGCGGUCCGAUCAAACGCGACGUAGCUUGCGGAAACUUCUAGAGCUGCGUGUGUAUGCACGGUUGCUUCCGAAGUUGCUUCGCAGUGGACAGUCCCUGGAUUGCACUCGUACUGAUGCGGAAUACGAGGAUCAUAAAGCCACACCCAUUAAUCAAGUCACCCCUGGUGAUGAGGAAGAAGCUCAAGGUGACAGCGAGACUGACUGUGGGGUGGAAUACGAGAACGUCCCAUUAUACGAAGAGAUUCCAGAGUACAUGAACCUGCCCUGGGUCUAUUCCAACCAGGAUGCUGACACAGGAGUGUAUGAAGUGCAGGAACCAUGUGAGGUGAACAGCAGAUGUUCUGUGAGUGCUGAUCUGUCAGAGGAUGGAUUGAGCUCUAAUGAGGAAGAUGGUAACAGCUCCGACUCCAGUAAGGAAGACAUGAGCCAAUCAAAAGAUAAAGAGGAGGUAGAGAGAGCAAAGAGGAACAAGGUGGUUCACAUUGCAAUGGAGAUAAUGAGCUCAGAGAAAGUAUUUGUGGAUGUUCUGAAGUUACUUCACAUCGAUUUCCGGGAUGCUGUUGCCAAAGCGACUCGUGCGAGCGGGAAGCCAUUGGUGGAGGAGAAAGUGUUGAAUCAAAUCUUGUACUAUCUGCCCCAACUCUACGAACUUAAUAAAGACCUGCUGAAAGAGCUGGAGGAGAGAGUGGCACACUGGUCUGAUCAUCAGAGGUUGGCUGAUAUCUUUGUUCAGAAGGGUCCGUAUCUGAAGAUGUAUUCCACCUACAUACGAGAGUUUGACCGUAACGUGGCUCUGCUGGACGAACAGUGUCGCAAAAAUCCUCCUUUUGCAAGCGUUGUACGUCAGUUUGAGACGAGUCCUCGCUGUGCUAGUCUUGCUUUGAAGCAUUACCUGCUGAAACCAGUGCAGCGGAUACCUCAAUACCAGCUCCUGCUCACAGAUUAUUUGAAGAAUCUUCCUGAGGAUUCAUCUGACUACAAAGACACACAAACUGCCCUUAGUGUGGUGAAAGAAGUGGCAAACCACGCGAACGACAUCAUGAAGCAAGGGGAUAACUUUCAGAAGCUGAUGCAGGUUCAGUACAGUCUGAAUGGUCAUCAUGAAAUCGUCCAACCUGGCAGGGUUUUCUUAAAGGAGGGCACUCUGAUGAAACUCUCCAGGAAGAUUAUGCAGCCUAGAAUGUUCUUCCUGUUUAAUGAUAUUCUGCUGUACACAACACCUGUUCAGUCUGGCCAGUAUAAAGUCAACAGCAUGCUCUCUCUGGCCGGCAUGAAGGUGAGCAAACCCAGUCAGGAGGCCUAUCAGAAUGAGUUAAACAUUGAGAGUGUGGAACGCUCCUUCAUACUGUCUGCCAAUUCAGCCACAGAAAGAGACGAAUGGCUUGAAGCCAUCGCUAAAGCAAUAGAUGACUACACUAGAAAGAAAAUUUCUUUCUUUUCCAGUCGAAGCCAAGAGUUGGAGGGAAUCUCUGAUGACGGUCUACCGCUGGGCUCUAAAGCUCCUAUCUGGAUUCCAGAUUUGAGAACGACCAUGUGUAUGAUCUGCACGUGCGAGUUCACGCUCACCUGGAGACGCCACCACUGCCGUGCCUGCGGAAAGGUGGUGUGUCAGGCAUGUUCGUCCAAUAAAUACUACCUGGAAUACCUGAAGAAUCAGCUGGCACGAGUGUGCGACCACUGCUAUAUCAAACUACAGCACAAGGGUGACCAAUCCAAUGUAACGGUUUCCCCUAGUGGGCGGAGUUCAACAUUUGCUUUUUCUAGAAAACAGAAAAAGAUCCCUUCUGCCCUCAAAGAGGUGUCUGCCAACACUGAGAACUCCUCCAUGAGUGGAUAUCUGCAAAGAUCCAAAGGCCAUAAGAAACCAUGGAAGAGGCUGUGGUUUGUCAUUAAGAACAAAGUCCUCUACACUUAUGCUGCUAGUGAAGAUGUUGCAGCAUUGGAGAGUCAGCCACUGCUGGGCUUUUUCCUCCGCGAGGAGAAGACAGGACCCGCUCAAAAAAUGCAGUUUAAACUGUACCAUAAAAACACACUCUACUACAUCUUCAGAGCAGAGGAUAUACCCACUGCUCAGAGAUGGAUCGAAGCGUUUCAAGAGGCCAUGAUCCUUUGACUGGUCUGGGUUGGAUUAAAUAGAAUAAAUAAAUGUCGCUGGUCUGGGUCUCUCCAGUGUGUUACACAGGUCUAAGGAUGCAUAAAUCAAAACCCAGUUUGAAGCAAACGAUGCUGGUAGAUGUAGUUUAUGCAUUAAUCUAUCUUAAGCACCUUAAUGAAGGCAAAACAACUGGCUGUUUAAACAGACUGCCUCUAUCGUACUUCAAAAAUAUGAAGUAUUAAUCCAUAAAUUUGUUCUUAAUGUCAUUUUUAGGAAACACAGCCUCUCUGUAACAGCUCAUUUUGGUGCUCAACAUUACCAUGAAACCAGCCCACAGAGCAUUCAGGGUCAAAACCACCAGGCAGUGACUCGAAUUCUUGCCAAUGUUAGAACGCUAGAUAUUUUGAAACGCUCCAUUAUGAUGUCAUAGGAACAGUUUGAAUCUAAUUGCAGGUAUUACUUGUUUCCUGAUGAGAGUUUAAAAAUUUGGUCACUAGUGUGAUUCAUAGUCAAGUCUGAAUGUGCAUGAGCAAGUAUGACACGAGGAAUGUCUGAUGCCAGGUCACAUCUUUGGCACGAUCAUGUGGUGCUGUCUGGCAUGGUGCAUUAUGGGAGAUUUUGUGAUUUCAACUGUGAAAGCUGGGAAAGGCGGCUUAAAAUGUUACUCGGCCUUAAUCAUGAAGCACAAACAGAGUGACUUUAUGUAUGAAUUGUAUGUAAAACCAUUGUUUUUACAACUGAUUUGCGCAGUUUUUACACGAACCGUUUUACGAAUGAUUGAUGCGUUGAACGUGACCAUUUGCAGAACGUUUUUUACAAACAUUUUAGACAUUACAUGCGACCAUUUACCCAAGCGUGGUUUUACAAACAAUUCUUUCAUUACCUGCAACAAUUUACAUAAGAACAGUUUUACGUAUGAUGCACACGUUGAAUGUAACAAUAUACAUUUUUUAAGAAUGGUUUUCAAAAACAGUGCGUUACAUGUAACUAUUUACAUAAUGAUUUUUGAAAGAUUCACGCAUGAAAUGUGAGCAUUUACGUAAGAAUGUUUUUUACCGAAAGAUUGACACAUUGCAUGCAACAGUUUUUAUAUGCACAUUCUUUUUACAAACAAUUUGUGCAUUAUAUGCGACAAUUUGCGAACAAUUUAUACAUAUUUGUUUUGUUCGAUUUUCCUGAAGAGGCCCUUUGUUAUUUGAUUUUUCAGUUAGCCUGUUACAGUUAGAAAAAUGUUUUUAAUAAUCUUAAACUCUUUUGUAAAAAAGUAGGCAUAUUGACUGAUGUUUUAAACAUUAUACUGGACAGAACUGGAAGUGUACAUAUUUUGUAAAUGGUAAUAUAAUGCAGGCAUAUUUAAAAUAGUUCAGGAUGUUUAAUGGCCUACAUGAAUUAUGGGUAGUAAAGACACAGUGCUAGGCUGGCUAACUCAGCACUGUUUUAACUCACUAUAUAAGACAUUAUAACACACCGGCUGUGAAUACAGAGAGAAAAACUAGUGCUCUUAUCAGGGAAAGAUAUAACACACAUUAAAUACUCUAAUGCACCUUGUUCAGGACACUUUGACAAUAGGUAUAUCCUGAUUAUAUUCUCUGCAGUUUUCACUAAAUCCUUCAUCAGCUCCAAACACAGAAAGCCACUGAUCUUUCACUGUUUGAAGGGUAACCGGUUCAAGAAAUGGAUUUUUUUGUUUUGUGCUAAUAUGUUCGAUAUUGAUCACAUUUGUGUUUUGAAUGUUUACAUUUUGUAAGAUUGUUUUGGGAAACAGAUACACCACUGUUUUUUUUCUUCUCCACUUUAAAGAAAAAUAUAAUUGCUAUUCCUGGUCAUCUUGGCACUAGUUCACUGUUGUAUCCUAAAUUUCUAAGGAUCUCCAGAAGGUUUUACAUCCUGAAGUAAUCUGUUAAUAUCUUGAGGAUUUCAAGGGAGUAGGCUAUGCCCCAACAUAAAUGUAAAGUGCAAAUAAUUGUUUUAAUAAAUAAUGUAAUGUAAUGAGAUAA